UUACAAUUGUUGCUCUUUCUCAUUCAUCUCCACCUUCAAGAUUCCUUGAAGUCUCAGCUAAAGUUCUAACAAAUAAGCCAUCUCCAAUCUUCUUUCCUUUCAGAGCCUCACCUCCUUGAUUAUCAUCUACCUAUCUACCAAUCUACCAAAAUUGUUUAUCCGCGUUCCGGGGGGAGAGGGGGAGGAGGAGGGAGGGGGGUUCCUCCCUCGGGCAGUGAACGAUCUCCGGACAGGAAAGGUUUUUUUUUUGCCUUUUUUGUGUAUUCCUAGAGCUCCUGACGUGAUAAAGGCUCAGUAAAACCUUAUGCAAAACUGACGGACCCAUCGAUCUUUAGUUAUGCAAUAUAAUGCAGUCAGCACACUUCCUUCCAAAUUAUUGAUAUUCAGUACAGAUUUUGCUUUGAGCUUAGUAUUUACAGUCUCUCCCCUCCGAGAAAGAAAACUCUGAGGAUUGGGGGGCUCGAGGUACGGACCGCUAACAAACACCUUUCUACACUAGGCGCUUCCGGGCCCCAUCUUUUUCUCUGACUCAGCACAGCCUAGGCGCUUCCGCGUGACUAGGGAGGAGCUGAAUCAGCUUGGAACAGUCAUGUACUUGAAUCACCGCGGGAGCCCGGGGCGUGGACUUCUAGAAGUUGCCUGGACGCUCGGGAGAAGAGGAGGGGUAGCAAGAAGACAGUAUGUUUUGAUUGGUCAGUUGCCUGAUGACGUAUUGGAGCGCACAGAACCGUGACUUGGCAAUAGUUUUUUCCCAGGUGACUUUAGGUGAGCUUUUAAAUAACUGGGACUGGGCGCUGAGAGAAUAGUUAGUUUCUGGCGGCGGAAUCGGCGCUCUUUAGGUCUUCUGCCAGCUAGUUUUUGUGUCACUAGCACUUUUUCUUUCCACAAUGGAAUUUCCAGACUUGGGAAAGCAUUGUUCUGAAAAAACUUGCAAGCAACUGGAUUUUCUUCCAUUAAACUGUGCCGCAUGUGACAAAGUCUUUUGUAAAGCUCAUAUUCAAUUGGAGCAGCAUAAAUGCAGUGCUGCAUAUAAAAAGGAUGUACAGGUCCCAGUGUGUCCACUUUGUCAUGUCCCUGUUCCAGUAGCACGGGGACAAACCGCAGAUGUUGUGGUUGGACAACAUAUGGAUAAAGACUGUAAAUAUAACCCAGCUCGGGACAAAAAGAUUUUUGUACACCGGUGUUCAAAGGAGGGAUGCAAGAAAAAAGAAAUGUUUGAGCUGCUUUGUGACCAGUGUAAUGACAACUUCUGUAUUAAGCACAGGCAUCCUUUGGAUCAUAACUGCAAACAUAUUGGCCAUCCCAUCUCCAGAGAAGGGUGUGCAGCUAUAAUGAGAGCUUCUGAAUCAUCUGGAGCUUCAAACAAAUUAUCUUCCAGUUGGCUAGCUCAGCGAUUAAGCGGUAAACAGAAGAGUUGAUGAUCAUUUGACAUUCCUGGUCUUUAUCACCUGGCAAGGAAUGAUUCUGUGCAUUUUUAUAUAAUUUAAAGUAAUGUGGGCUUUCCCACAAAAUCUAAGUUAUUUAUUUCCUUUUAAUUUUUAUUUUUAUCUGAAAAUAUUUUCUUUAUGUUUCUCAGGGAUCUUGGGGAUUAAACUUUUCAUUAAAAUUGUUUUAAAUUAAGUCAUGCAAUCAACUGCAUCAGUGCUCCUUAGAAACAGAAGUGCCUUUAAAUUAUAACUUUGUAUAUUUAAACAUUUUAAUUGUAACUAAUUCAUAACUUGUUCCUAUUUUGAUUAACUUAAAUUUAAAAUUAAAAUUUUAAAUGCCAUAAAUA